AGCGGUCAUCAACGCGCGUCACCUUGACGGAACAGUGGAGCAGUGAGCCUCGUUUCCCUGAGGCACAGGCUAAAACCGAACCGAACCGAACCGGCAAAGUGCGCCCGGAUGCUGCUGCCGCUGCUGCUAUACGUAUUUAUCGGGCUGGAGGUCGGCCACGGUCGCAUACAGCCCGCUGAACGAGUGUUUCCGACCGAUAUUAACACCGCCACCAUUCCAACCGUACGCCAGACGUUGAAUGAUUGUCAUCUACGGUACCACAAGUAUGGCGAGUAUUAUCUCGUUUAUCCCAUCUUCGGGGUACCAGCGCGACAAGGUGAAUUCGCUCAUAUGGCGGCACUCGGAUGGCGACAGGCUAGCGGGGGAUUUCAGUUCGAUUGCGGUGGUUCCCUGAUCACUCCGCGCCACGUGCUAACGGCUGCACACUGUGCCGUCAACGAUAACGGUGACCCUCCCGUUGUGGUGCGACUGGGUGUGAUCAAUAUCACGGCCGGACUGUACGAUCCACAGAAUCGUUUCUCCCAGGAGUACGGAAUCGAAAGCUUCCGGCGUCAUCCGGACCAUACCUUCCGGUCGGAGUACCACGACUUAGCGAUCGUAACGCUCGAGCGUUCGGUCGGGCUGUCCAGUGGUGUGCUACCGGCCUGUCUCUGGACAAGCAACACCGUCCCAUUCCGACGGCUCGAAGCGACCGGCUUCGGACAGACAAGCUUUGGCGGGGAGCGGACACCCAUUCUGCUGAAGGUACAGCUGUCACCGGUGGAGACGCCGGCCUGCCAGCAGUUCUAUCCCAACACACGCGCCCGCCCACGGGGUUUACUCGAGGGCCAGAUGUGCGCUUCCGAUAGUAAAAUGGAUACGUGUAACGGAGAUUCCGGUGGUCCGCUGCAGAUCAAACUGAUGGCCAACAAUCGGUUGAUUCCGUUCAUUGUCGGUAUCACCUCGUUGGGCCGGUUCUGUGGAACGUCAACGCCAAGCGUCUACACCCGGAUCGCUACGUAUGUCGACUGGAUUCAGAGUGAAACGGCCGAAUCGUUUGAUGAGCGAGCAUGCUACAGGAGAUACCUAAACGAACGAGAAAUCGAGGAAGCGAUGGUCGCGAACCGGGCCGGUGAUAAAGUGUUCGUUGAGCCGGAAAAGAGUUACAUGGAUUUGGAAACGGUGGCCAAACAUCGCGUUUACCUUGGCUACAGCACCACCGGUGGGCGCGUGCAGUGGAACUGUGGCGGUGUGCUGAUCAACGAGAACUACGUGCUCACCGUCGCCCACUGCGAUCGGUUCGUCUUCGACAAAACGCCUGACUUUGUGAAGGUAGGGGAUUUGGACAUUUUCACCGAUCACCCGCAGGCACAGAUCAUACGGAUCGAACGGUUCAUCAAGCAUCCGAACUAUCGGGAAGGGGGCUCGCUGGAAAACGACAUAGCGCUGGUGAAGCUGCAAACGAAUGUGAGAAUCCAACCCAACGCCGUACCUGCCUGUAUCCUGAACUCGGAUCAGGUAUCGUUGCCGUUCUACGAGAUGGCCGGUUUGGGUCCGUUCAAUAUGAACAAUUUCGUCAUGUACAAUCAGCAAGGAUCGACCAACAACACACUGGUUCUCACUCGGAUGCGUGCCGAUAGCGUGGCUUGCAUGGGAGCGGCGGACAACAAGUUGAUGUGCACAACGAACACUCAACCACUGGUACCGGGAACCUGCAGGAUCGAGCAUGGUGGACCGCUGGAACGAGAAACAUGGCAUUUCGAUCGUUACUAUGCCUACGUGUUCGGUUUAACGGUGGCUGGUGAUAAUUGUGGGUUCGGUACCGAAGCUUAUCACGUGAAAAUCUCAUCCCACAUCCAGUGGAUCGAAUCGAUUGUGCUCGGUAACCGUCGAGGGAAGCGAGCAGCAUCAUCGCACCGCCGCCAACGGCGACAAUUGGUUUUCCCUUCUUCAGACGAAUCGACGGAGAGCGGAUCGGGACAAUCGUGUGUACUGCCGGACAUGCGAAGAGGUACAUGCAGACCGUACAAUUCCUGCCCCAAGGAAAGCAUGUCCACGACCAUCAACAUCUGCCGUCACGGAACCCAGCCGAUCGUGUGCUGUGCAAACGCUAACUCCUGGGCGCGCCCAACACGGUUCACCACAAUGGCAGCGACCGUGACGUCGCGCGUACCGGGACCGAGUACAAGUUACCGGCUCAACAGUUGUGUAUCGUUCUGGAAGCAGUAUCAACGGUCACCUACGGAGGAGUACGAACAUAUACCAUCCGAGGGACGUCCGGUAGUCCCGGGAGAGUAUCCGCACAUUGCUGCCAUCGGUAAUGGGCAGCAGAAUCGGUGGCACUGUGUCGGUGUGCUAGUAAGCGAUCUGCACGUGCUCUCUGCAGCCACCUGUACCACAUCGGCUCGAUCCGUUCGAUUUGGUCCACGGGCGGCACCAUCCGAUGUAGACGUUUAUUCAGUUAGCGAAACCAUUCUCCAUCCGAUGUGGGACCGAAGGACGGAACAACGGUACAACUUGGCGUUGCUACGUCUCGAUCGACGUGUCCAGUUUUCUGCCUACAUUCUGCCCGCUUGUGUCUGGCCUACUGGCGACAAGAUUCCACUGAAGCUCUAUGCCUUGGGCAACCUACGGGAUGGGCAAGUGAAUGUGUAUCCCAGAAGUGGUAUGUAUAAUGCAGAUUGUCGCAGCGUACCCGGAGCGCCACUGGACAUUGUGGAUCGGGAAAAUGCUUGCGUCGAGAACUACUAUCCCACCGAUACGGUAUGCACGGACCUAGCAGGUAAUUCCGUUGAGGGAAUUAUCGUAUCAAACGGGACACGCAUUCCGCUGGUCGUAGGUAUCACGAGCUAUACCGUGGGCUGUUCUUCAUCCGCGAACCAGUACCAGACGGUCAGCAUUUUGUCACGUUUAUCUGCGAACCUAGAGUGGAUAAAGCAAAUCAUCGAGCGCUAGUGGACUACAGAUCCCUGUCAGCUUUGAUAUUACGAUAAUUUAUCGAAAUAAAUAUGCAACCGUACUUAACCACCUAAACAUGCGGAACAGGACUAUGAUCUUGUGUGAA